AGUGUAUAUAAAGAUCUGCACUGAACAUUUAUGAAAGAACUACCUUGGGUUUCCUCUUGUCUGGGUCAACUGCUGUGGGUGCAUAUAUGAAACUCACAUGACUGUGUCACUUUAUUAAUUCAUAAAGGUGUGCAAAAGCAGUAAGAUAUAUACAAGUAGAACUGUAGAUGCUACAGAGUUGCAGAUCUCAUCAGUUGGAAGAGGAAAUAGCUAGAUAGGGUGGUAGCUAGGGCAUGGGGAGGCCUCCAUGCUGUGACAAAAUAGGUAUCAAGAAAGGGCCUUGGACUCCUGAAGAGGAUAUCAUUCUUGUUUCCUACGUCCAGGAUCAUGGUCCUGGUAACUGGAGAUCUGUGCCUACAAACACUGGGUUGAUGAGGUGUAGCAAAAGUUGCAGACUGAGGUGGACCAAUUACCUGAGACCAGGAAUCAAAAGAGGAAACUUCACCCCUCAUGAAGAAGGCAUGAUCAUUCACCUCCAAUCCUUACUCGGUAACAAAUGGGCCGCAAUAGCUUCGUACCUUCCCCAGAGAACCGACAAUGACAUAAAAAAUUACUGGAACACUCACUUGAAGAAGAAAGUCAUCAAGAAGUUACAAAAUUCAGGAUCUUCCUCAGAUGAUCAGAAAUUAUUCAGCACUCCUGAAAAAGCAAAUCACAUAACAGACCAAGCUUCGACAACCACGAGCACUCUCAGGUUAGACCAUGCCAGUAACUCUUCUAGCAGUAAUUCUAACACAGUGUAUGCCUCCAGCACAGAGAACAUUUCAAGGCUUCUUCAAGGAUGGAUGAGAUCAUCUCCAACAACGAAGAAGAUGGAUGCAAGUACUCAUGAUGAUUCCUCAAGAACUUCCAUAUUUGGCUUUAGGCCAAAGGCUGAUGAGCACAAAGAAUAUUGCACCCAAGACCUAAUAUCCAAUGAAGAGUUUGAGUCUAUCUUAUCUUUAGAUAACUUAAACACUGGUGCUAGUAACAUGGCCUCCUGGGAUGAUCAUCAUUACUCCGACAAAGCUGAUGAUCAUGACGAUGACAACCAUGAUCACGACGAGGUUAAGCAUGAUAAUGGGGAAUUAGCCAAGAAAGUGACCGAUUAUGAUCACAUGAGUAUGAAUAAUCCUCCUCCUCCGCCUCCACCUCCAUUAUCGUUUCUUGAAAAAUGGCUCCUGGAAGAAGCCUCCACAACGGCUCAAACCGAGGACAUGAUGGAAUUGCCUCCGAUUUUCUCUACAUGAUCACACAAAACUUGCAUUGUUUAAAUCAGAGCAAAAUGCUCUGGGCACUUUUUAAGUAAUUUAUUAAUUAUUUUUAAACCUCUUUCGGUCAUUUAUCCCCUCACAAACUCAUGAGGUAAUAAAAUCUGGAGGCUAAUUAAUUAAACUUUGUUUUACUGGGAAUUCUGAAAAGUUGGAAUCCUUAAGUGUUUGUAACUUAAAUUUGUAUUUGAUGGACAUGUGUUUUUCUUC